CGAUAGUGCUAAACAUUCUACCGUCUACACGCACGAUUUUAACACUAUAGGAUUGUUGCAAUUAAAAAGUUAUAUUCGUCUUUGUUUUCUCAUUUGUUUUGUGUUACUUCGAUAUACCAGCGUCCCAGUCUUCCUUACCUUCUUUUCGCGUUUCAUAUUCUCUUUCUCUUUUCUUUGUUAAUUUUAAUAGUUUGAAAUUGCUAAUAAGCACAUUUAUUUGAGUUUAAAGUCGCUUCAGACUUUUAUUUGGCAUUAAUUGAAUCUUGAUAGUUUGUGCGAAUCUUCACUAUGAGUAAAAAAGCCUUUAAAGGAAAGGAAAAUAAGCGUAUUCGUCCAAGUCCCAUUGGUCAUGAGUCUAUCAAAGAUAUUUCUCAUACAGGGACCAGCAAUAAUUUUUUCAGUUGCUCUCUUGAAGACCCGAGAAACUUCGUUACAAAAGACGGAAGAAAAUUGGUACAAGCUCCUCUGUUUCUUGUUUUAUGGCAAAAAGAAAUUUCCUUAGCUCUUAUUUCAUUAUGCAUCUUUCUUUAUCUUUUACCGCCGACAAGGCCUUAUGCUGAACCUUUUAUGUUUUUAUCGUAUAAAGAAUCAUCAGAUGUUUAUGGUAAAGGACCUAAAGACUUUCUUUUUUCCUUUUAUUGGUUAGUAAUUUUCACUGCUAUUAGAAGCAUUGUAAUGGACUAUUGUUUCCGUCCUUUCAUCCUGUCUUGGGGUAUUCGGAAACGAAAAGUCGUUGUUCGAUUCUGUGAGCAAGGAUAUUGCUUCUUGUAUUAUUUCGUCUUUUGGCUGCUAGGAUUUUACAUUUAUCGAAAUAGUGGAUAUUGGGAUCACGAAGAACAACUUUUCGAACAUUAUCCUCAAUAUUAUAUGUCUACCCUUUUUAAAUUUUAUUACCUUGCUCAAUUUGGUUUUUGGUUACAGCAGAUAUAUGUCCUUCAUGUGGAACAACGUCGUGCUGACCAUUGGCAAAUGUUUGCACACCACAUCGUCACAUGUUCGUUAAUUUUCUUGAGCUAUAGCUUUAACUUUCUUCGAGUUGGCAACGCCAUCUUGUACAUUUUCGAUUUAUCAGACUAUAUUCUGUCUGGGUCUAAAAUGAUAAAGUACCUCGGCUUUGGUAAAAUCUGUGAUUAUUUAUUCGGUCUCUUUAUGGUAAGCUGGAUAUAUUCAAGACAUUACCUUUACUACAGAAUUCUUAAAGUCGUGAUAACCUCUGCUCCUAAUAUCAUAGGCGGAUUUAAUGUGGACUUUUCAAAAGGUUAUAUCUUUAAUGAACAAAUAUAUUACGCUUUUGUUUUUUUGCUUUUUUCUUUACAGCUCUUAAUAUACAUAUGGUUUGGCAUGAUUGUUAAAGUUGCGUAUCGUGUUUUCUCUGGCGCUGGUGCUGUGGAUAGUCGAUCAGACGAUGAAGAAGAGCCAGAUGAAGAUUCUAAAAAGCAAUAAUUAAUAGCAAGUUUGAUUUUUGAUUUCUUUAUUAUAAUUUAACCUAAUCAUGAGGGUUCCAAAAUGCAAAUUACUCAAAAAAACGGCUGAAAGGAUUUCAGGAGUAACCUCCAAUACCUGUGAAUGCUGAAUGUUAUGAGCUGUCUUUGAUCAACCGAUAAAAAAGUCCUGAUAGUCAUCUAUGUAACGCUGUUUAUUUAUGCAGACAAACUUUUUAAGUGGUACCCGUUUUUAUUGAACAUUAAUUAGAAAAGUUAGUUUUUCGUUCAUUUUCAUUUAAAAGAUUGUCAGCCGAUAUGUUAGCAUUUUGUUCAAUGUUAUGUUAGUUAACCUGAAAGAAAGUUUUACCUGAUUGUUCAAGAUCAACAUUACUUUUGUUUGUUUAUGUAUGUAUGUUUACGUUGAGC